GAAGCAUGGCGACUUAGGUGACAGGCGGCAGCAGAUGCUAACGGGCUUACGGGGUUUUCUUUCCGUAUAGAAAGUUUCCCAGUGAAUUGAACUGACACCACCUCCACGUGUGAGUCGACCAUUCUUGUAUGUAUGCGCUGACGAAGCGGAUAUCGAGCCGGUGGAGCGCCAUGACGCAGUGUGUGAAGGUCGCCUCCGUGGCUCUCUGCUCGGGCAGGAUCUCGUCCCCUCAGCUCCUCGCUGCUCGCUGUCGUGUUGUUUGCUCUGUCGCUCACGCUCGCUUCUGUCGGACAGCCUCUUCAGAGGAGAUCGCAGUCAUCCGUGUGCCUCGCUCCAUGCAGAAGCUCGUUGACAGCGUGAAGCAGACACGAAGCAAGAACAAGAUCAGCACCAUCCGGGCGGGCAAGCUCCUGAUCCGGAGCAGGAACCCGGACCUGAACCAGUCUGCGGGGUACCAGCUCGGCAAGUUUGAGCAGCCUCGCCUCUGCUCUAAAGGAUGGAAACAUCCCAAGUCGUUCGGCGACUACUUCACCAUCAACAACACCAGGACCGUCGCUCCCUGUGUCACCGUCCAGGACGACGCAGAACAGAAAGAAUCUGUGACCUUUAACAACCUCCACCUCUGCAGGGAGCUGGUGGAAGCGCUGCACGGUGUCAACAUCACCCAUCCCACCACUGUGCAGCAGCAGACCAUCCCAAAGGUCAUGAUGGGUCACAAUAUCCUUUGUGCCGCAGAGACGGGCAGUGGUAAAACUCUGACUUACCUCCUGCCGGCCAUUCACAGACUGCAGGUGGAAAAGGAGUCACAGGUGUACGCGGGGAGCUUGCACAAAAUUCACACCCUGGUUCUCGUGCCCUCCAGGGAGCUGGCGGAGCAAGUGGCCGCGGUGUGCCGGACCCUGUGCGCCCCAUUCGGCUUGCUGACGAGAACUCUGGGUGGCGGGCGAGGUGUGGGAAACAUCAAGGUGGUCUUCAAGAACAAUCACCCAGAUAUACUGGUGGCCACCCCAGGGGCUCUGGUCAAGGCCCUGCGGAGACGCUGCCUGGACUUUGGUGAGCUGAGCUUCUUUGUGGUGGACGAGGCCGACACCAUGUUCGACCCCAGCUUCUCUGAGAUGCUGGAGAGCAUUCUGAGCUACGCAAACAUCGCCAGCAAUCCCAAGCAAGCAAAGGGCCCCGGACGCAAAGCCCAGCUGCUGGUGGUGGGGGCCACUUUCCCCGGUGGUGUCGGAGAAGUUCUUAGCAAGGUGACUGAUCUCGGCAGCAUGGUGGUCAUCAAGAGCAAGAUGCUGCACUUCCUCAUGCCGCACGUCAAACAGACCUUCCUGAAGGUGAAGGGUGAGGACAAAGUCCUAGAGCUCCACCAAGCCCUGAAACUGCUCCAACAAGACAAAGGAGGGGGGGCUGUUCUGGUGUUCUGCAACAAGUCUGCCACCGUCAACUGGUUGGGCUACUCGCUGGAGGAGAUGGGGGUUAAGCAUUUACGUCUUCAAGGGGAGAUGCCCGCCGCCGUGCGUGCAGGGAUCUUCCAUUCCUUCCAGAAGGGCGCGGUGGAUGUGCUGAUUUGCACAGACAUUGCCUCUCGCGGCCUGGACACAUCGCGUGUGCGCUUGGUUGUCAAUUAUGACUUCCCAGAAUCCCACACUGACUACAUCCACAGGGCAGGGAGAGUGGGGAGAGCAGGUGGGGUGGAGGAUGGGGAAGUGCUCAGCCUGGUGACUCAUCCGUGGGAUGUGGAGCUGGUGCAGAAGAUCGAGACUGCCGCUCGUAGGAGAACUACUUUACCGGGCAUGAAUUCUGAAAUCAAUGAACCAAAAUCCGAAGUAAUCGAGUUACAGGAGUAGGAGGCACUUGUAAGAAGGCGCAUGAAUGUAAAAGCUGCAUGUGAAAUGUACCAUUGUGAGGUGUCAAGCCUGUUUUGUACAAACUAAUGUAUGAACAUGGUACGAUUUUCUGCAGAAAAAGUAAACUAGCACUAUUUGCCCAAAGCAGUGUGAGGUUCAAUACCUUUUGAAGCCAUGUCAAGCCAAGUGUAAAUAACUGUUUGUACAAAUUAUUUUGCUGAGCAGUUACUUGCUAAGACUUGUAUUUUUUCAGCAUCUACUGCAGUAUGUGUGUUAAAAUGUUUUCAAUUCUAAGUAAAAUCUAAUUGCAUUUUU